AUGCAGACGAGCAGCGGGCUAACAUUCGCUCUUCAGGCCCUUCUGAACCGCCACGAAUCCUACGUUUCUGAGUCGCAACAAGAGCACCAGCGCCUAACAGCCUACAUCAACGAACUGGAGAAUGAAAGGUCGGCUUUGCAGACCACGAACGACAAGAUUGUGGAGGAAAAUCGCCAGCUCUUGACACAACUCGAAACUGCCAACACAUCCCUCAAGGAGAGUGACAGCCAUGUCAAGAGCCUUGAAGCGCUGCUUCGUGACUGCGAAGUCGAGGUCCGAAGAUUGAACGGUCUCAGCCGGCGGACCGAGGAAUUGGAGCUCAAAAUACUUGAGAUGGAGAAGGAACGAAUGACAAUAACCCAACAGGCGGAUGAUGCAAGAGGAGAAAUCCGAAGCACCGUCAAGCGGUGGAAAGAGAGCGAGAUCAGAGUCCGUCAGCUUGAGCGCGAAGUUCAAAGGAUUGAAUGGGACGCGAAGGAGGACAGGGAACGGUACGAAGAGAUCAUUGCAAGGCUGGAACGUGAACGUGUUCUCGAGAGAGAACUGGGCGGUGCUGAAGGUCGAUUGAAAUCUGCGGCUGCUUUUCGAGGUCCAGACGCCCAGGAGAAGACCACCAAUGUUGUCGGCCACUUCGUCCGGGACAUUCUUCAGGAUAAUGCAAAUCUACAGGCCGGGGUCGUCGAACUGAAGGAACUGCUUCAAGCGUCAAACGAAGAGGUACAGAACCUGAGAGAGCAGAUCCUUGAGCAUCAGCCUGUAGACGACAGCGGUUCCGGGGCCAUGUCGGGGUCAGUCCCUUUGAGCGAUCAACUGGGCUGGUCACAACCUGCUCCGAAUGUGCAACAAUCAGUUCACGUCCACCACCAUUAUCACGCCAAACUUGCGAAGCGGGAUCGGACUCCAACGGUCCGAAGAUCGUCUCGCAAGAGGACGGUAUUGGGCCUGGGGAUGCUUCCGUCAACCCCAGAGUCAUCUGCUCCCACCACGCCGGUCGCCGGUCCUCAUCGGCUUUUUUCCAGCCCGGUGUUGCCUAUCACUCUCCAUCAACCACAGGCAACAAGGAAACGUUGGUCUAUGCAAUCAGCGGCGACAAGCUCGUCUAUGAUGUCCAGUUUCCCAAGCUCUCCACGGUCGUAUUUGGAGCAAUCCAGCUCCAUCUUCGAUCGGCUCGAAGCUGGUGAAGAAUCAUCUAGACCCACGAGUCCCGAGUCUACUGGCGGCCUUGCCUCUCCACCGUUGAAGUUCAAUCCUGGGUAUGAAUACGACGAGAGAACAAGGCUCCCGCUAGAAGAGGAGGAGCGCGAGGUUGGCGGCGCAGAAGCGUUUCCAAAAGAUGAACACGAGGGUUUGAGCGACGAAGCAGACCUUCAGCAUGGAGAAGAGGCCAAAGGAUCAGGGUCUCAUGACUUGACUCCCAAGCCUUCGCAAAUUCCUGUUGGCGGUGGGCGGAUGAGUGACACAGUCCAACCGGACCCACCAGCACCAAACAUAACGGAUCUGUCGCAGGAAGCCUCCAAAACAGAGCCACCCAAUAUCAUUAUUGAAGGGGAGCCUGUACUGAGUAUGCCGGAGGAAUCAGCAGAAGAUGUUCAGGAAGAUAGGAUGUCGCCAUCGACCACUCCGUAUGAUCUAGAUGAUGCUUCCGACAUUGCCAACCGAUCCAAGCUUCGACGAACAUCCUCCCAUGACUCCCUAGUGUCAAUCUCCGGCAUGGACAUCCACAUCGCCAAGCGACCAACUUCCUCAUCAUCUCAGUCGUCGAGCGUGUUAAGAGGCAACAAGGCAUAUUUCGCUCUUGGGCCAUCAGCGGCUCGAAGGAUCGCUUCUGCACAGCCAUUGGCGACGGUGACGGAGUACACAGCAUUGAGCUCGAUGACAUUGUUGAGCUCAGGCUCAUCCAACACUCUGUCAAGUGGACAUCAACUGCCGCAACGCAGUGUAAGUUCGAGCUUCGCAGCAUUGAGCGGUCUGGCGGAUCUUUCACCCUCCCACGCUGAAGACCAGCAACCUUCGCCUUCGGGAUUUGGGCGUCUUCUUGGUGGGUGGGUCAGAGGCAAAUGGGGCAUUGCACCGAUGAAGUCAAGCGGCGGCUUGACGUCUUCAGCCGCUUCAAUCGCGACGUCAUCGUCCAGCGAAACUCAGCUCCAAGGCGCCUCCCCUUUCCCAUUCAUGGGUGGAAGACUUCCGGGUAUUAACCAGAAAGGACCUAUACCGGGAUUCAAGCCGGCGCCGAAAAUCAGUGGUGUACAAGUGACCAUGGUAGAUGAAGAGGGACUGAAGCAGACUUUGGCGGAGGGAUGA